AUGUCAGCAACUCACAGGACGCUACCAGUCUGCUCUCUGGCCAGCCUGCCGGAAUGGUUUUUUCAAGUGGAGCACGAAUUCCUCCUCAGGAACAUCACCACCCAGACCACUAAAUUCCGCCUGCUGGUCACUAACCUCCCGCCAGAACUUCUUCUGACCGUCGGCGACCUCCUGAAUGAUCAUCGGUGCGCCACUUACGACGAGCUUAAGGAGGCCAUUCUUAGGCGAGCAGCACCUAACCCUCUGACCACGUUAAGCUCCUUCCUCUUGUCUUACGCCGUGGACAGCUGUACUCCCACAGAAAUCCUUCACCACUUCCAGCGCCUCCUCACCCGCACCGGCACGACGCUCCCACCAGACGUCAUGCGCUCUCUCUUCCUCAAGCAGCUGCCUGCUGAUAUCCAGCAAAUCCUGCUGGUGUCAGAUGCCCCAUUGGAGCACCUUGCCCUAAAAGCCGACGCGAUGCUCGCAGCUAGGGCACCCACACCGUCAAAAGCGACAGUGUCUGCCGCUACAACCACCUCCGCCGUGACGUUGGGAUCCCUUGCAUCUCACAUCGCCACACUAUCCAAGGCUGUGCAGAAGAUAUCUACACAGGAACGCUCUCGCUGUCGCACCCCUUCGCCGCCACACAGUGACCGGGACUUCAGGGUACCGCGGAAACUGGGCGCGCCUGUCUUUCGCGGACCUCAGAGGCGUUUAUUGUACGUCCGAGAUGCCUCCUCCUCCCUACGUUUCCUCGUCGACACAGGGGCCGAGGUCAGCCUCCUCCCGGCCUCCCACAGAGAUAAACGCCUCCCCUCCUCCCGCACUCUGGAAGCUGCCAACACAUCGCCCAUCAACACAUACGGCGAGCGUUCGAGGACCCUCUCGCUGGAAGGCGAGCCCGCCCAACGAUUCCAUUGGAUCUUCCUCGUCGCCGACGUCCCUCAACCCAUCAUCGGCGCCGACUUCUUGGCGCACUACGGUCUAACGGUUGAUCUUCAAGGUAUGGCCCUGAUCCACCGAACCGGGGCCCGCACGCACGCUGCUCCGGCUCUGGUAAGUACCCCCCUAAUAUAUAAAGUGCUUCCCAGGAACUGCGCCUUCAAGAACAUCCUGCGGGAAUUCCCGGCCUUGACCAAGCCGAUCAACCGGGCCACCCAACCACGGCACGAAGUCCGGCACCACAUCGUCACCCACGGUCCCCCUGCCCACUCUCGCUGCCGUCCGCUCGCCCCCGACAGAUGUCGCAGUGCCAGGGCGGAGUUCGACCAUAUGAUGCAGUUGGGGAUUAUACGCCCUUCCAGCAGUCAAUGGGCGGCCCCUCUGCAUCUGGUGAAGAAAAAGGAUGGUGACUGGCGCCCGUGCGGUGAUUACCGUCACCUCAACACGAUCACCGCCCCCGACAGAUACCCCCUGCCGCACCUGCACUCCUUCUCCCACAAGCUGUCUGCCUGUACGUUUUUUUCCAGGAUCGACCUCGUGCGGGCCUUCCACCAAAUCCCGAUCGCUGAAGAGGACAUCCCCAAGACGGCUGUGAUCACACCUUUCGGCCUCUUUGAAUUCCUCAGGAUGCCCUUCGGUCUUCAGAACGCCGCCCAGACCUUCCAGCGAUUCAUAAACGACGUGACUCGCGGCCUUGAGGGCGUCUUCGCCUACAUCGACGACAUCCUCGUCGCCAGCAUCUCAGAAGCAGACCACGCCCGCCAUCUCCGCGCCCUCUUCGGCAGACUGCAAGACGCGGGCGUCGUUAUCAACCCGGGAAAAUGCCAGUUCGGUGUCGCUUCCCUCUCUUUCCUCGGCCACACCGUCACCCCCAAGGCAUCACCCCAGCGCAGGAGAAGGUCACCGCUAUAA